UCCUCUACUCUGUUCUUACACCCCAUCUUGCUUGUCUAAAAGACAAUCUGAGCAGAACAAAAGUGCAUUAAAGUGUCCUCUGUAUAACAAAAAUGCCUCUACGAUGCUUGAUGUUGGUGACCAUCUGUGUUGUGCUCAUCACCACAGAAGCUGUUUCAGAUGAAAAUGUGAAGAAAGCAGUGGGUGAAGAAGUUUCUUUGCGUCCAGCCAGAAUUGAUCCUCUAGUCAGCAGCAUUAUAUGGAAACACAGAAACAGCAGUGGAUUUGUUGUCAAGGCGAUUGAAUGGGAUAAGGAUGAUGAUGAUGGUGUUAACAUCCCGAAUCAGAGAUUCAAAGGGAUCACAACUCUUGAUGAGAAAACUGGACAAAUCACUAUAACUAAUUUAACUGUCAAACAUGGUGGACUUUAUACUAUUGACAUCAACAAUAAAGAGCAGGAACAAAGAUUCAACUUGAAAGUUAUGGAGAAAGUCCUCAAACCUGUGAUAAAACUAAAGAAGACUGAAGGUAACCCUGAUGUUGUGUAUUUAAUAUGUGAGUACAGUGAAACGAUCAUCUGGAGGAAUUCUUCUGGAGAAAUACUGAUCGGUUCACUGCACCAUCCGAAAGGAGAGUUCAUCACAGUUAAAUUCACUGGGAAUCCUGAUAACUUCUACACAUGCACACUAGAUAACGGUGCUAGUACUGAAACCAGUGACCCGGUCUAUGAGCGAGAGCUGUUUAAAGAUUUUUGGGGAUUUGUCAUUGCUUCAGUCGGCAUGGUUUUUAUCAUCCUUUUCCUGUUUAUACCGCCUUGUCAUGAUUAUUGUGCCGAUUGCUGUAGGAGACACAAGACUUCCCAAUCAGGAAUGACAUUCGUGAGUGAGUGACUGAUUCUGCUACCUGCCACAGUUCUGCUCAUCAUGGGCCCUUUUGUCCCUUCAGAUGCAAAGUCACAUGUGGAACUUCUCGACCCAUUUGCCUGGUCAUCGGCUCUAAAUCCCAGCUUUACGAAAUCAACAGGAGCUCUUGUCUGUGCCUUUAUAACUUUGACUGUUUUUUGAGCUUUGAUUGUUUCUCCUUGACCUCUUUGUCCGCUGGGCCAUGCGGAUGUUUGAACUUCAUCCUCCAGUUCUAUAAAUCUACUGUUCAAUUUAUUUUCAAGGUAGGACAAGAUAAGAAUCUCUUACAAAACUUUACGCUCAUUUUUGAUGCUUAUUUUUAUUUUUUUGUAAACUGAUUGAAGUUAUUAUAAGAGUGUGGUUGGUUUUUCCCUGUGCCACUCAAAGUUGGAUUGUAUGAUAAGAAGAUAAUAUACUGUAAACAUUUAUCUUAUGUAGGGAGGUGGGUAGCAGUUUUUGACGGGAGACAUUUUUCUCCUGGUUUUGGACUGAAGGUAGCCUAUGUUUACACAACGAUUGUACUAGAUAUGGAAAUGUUUUUCCAAUUAAUUGAUUGACAAGAUGGCGCCAGUGUUUGUGGCAGGCCGUCUACUCUCUGUGCUAUUUGUUAUGUUUCUAUUGUUUUUAUUGUCUCCCGUGUCUUUCUACUGCCACCCUCUUAUUGUCUAUGACCGUCAACAACUAAUUAACAUCUAUCAAUCUAUGCCCAAGCCAUAUGAGACCUAUGAAACUCACUCUGAACUCAAGAGUUUUUGCUUUUAUUCGCCGCCAGAUUCCUCUAAUCUUCCUAGAUAUCUGCGCUGUCUCAGGUCGGCGAUGCGAGGAUAAAAUUGGCUUUGGCUGCAGGUUGCCCUCCUCAUUCUGGGUCAGCAUGUUGUGUGCUGGACACAGAAUGGAGUUUAUGGAUGGUACAGCGACCGUGGGAUUCUACUGUGUGUGUUCGGCCUGACUUGCAGGACUCACCUGUCUACCUUUCAUGACACAACUCCCCUUGGAUUUGGCGAAGGAAGGCUGACCAUAGUAAUCUGUGCUCACUUCGCAGAUCGUCUUAUGUUCAGUGAGAUUCCCCACAACUGUCUUGGUCUUACAUUAGAUCUGAUAUUGACUUAUGGUUUGUUUAUUGCUGAUGUUGUCACCAGUGACACUUCCUUCUCUGAUAAUAAACCAGUGCUGUUCAUUACUCUUCUUUCUUCUCUACCUAGUACUAUACCAUCUUAAGCAUGCUGGUCUCGUACUAUGUAUGACUGCUCAAUCCAGUAAUGCACUUUCUAAGAUGUAUCUGGAGAGAUACCAACCUCUUACUUUAGAUCUUGUUUCUUCCCACUUGAAUGUUGAUGAUAGGGUGCAAGUGUUCAAUAACAGAUGUUGUGAUAUCUUAGACAUUAUUGCACCUCGAAAGCUCAUCAAUCUAAACCGUAAAUCGUAACCAUGGAUGAACAGCGAUAUGUAGGUGCUUAGACAAUAAUGUUGCCAGUGUGAAUGCAACUGGAAGAAGGACGGGCUUAAAGUUUAUGAAAUGCUGAAAGACUCCUUGCACAAUUAUUGCCAAAAACUCUUACUCUUCUAGAAUUCUAUUUUCAGUUAUUUAAUCUGUUUUAAAUCCCCCAAUUCCUAGAGAUUUCUUAUUUUUUAUGUAAAAACUUUCUUUAGUACUUCUUAAAUAAAGUAAAAAAUGCCUGGGCUCAUUUAUUUAUGAUGGCGAAUUCUAUUCCAGACCCCAUUUUAUCCACUACUCUAUGGAGUGAAUUUGAAUUAGUUUCUUUACAUACAUGUAAAGCAAUCACUCUAAAGUUAAAAUCCACCUUUUACCCUCAUGAUGCUAUGCCCUCAUGAUUUGAAGAACACAAGUAGUAUUAUCAUAUCCUUUGUGUCAGAUUGGUGAUUUAUUACCCUGAUUUAUGGCCUGAGUUAUGGAGGGUCCAGCCAGCGUUGAUUUUACAGGUUGUGAUAUGUCCAAUGUGUACAUGGUCAGAUUUAUGUGUUGAUUUAUCGCUAUAUGGCCUGUCUGUCACAGUGGUUGCCAUGUCACUGGGUGCUGUCACCCUUGAUUGACAUGACAGAGGUGUGUGUAAAAUCAAAAGAUCAAAACAGAUCUCAGAUUUGACUUGUGUUGCAUUUAUUACUGGAUAUAUGAUGGUUGUAUCUGUAACCAGAGCUGUGGGGGUUUCUGUGGACUUCCUUCCUGAGCUGUUACUCACUUCCAGUCAGGAGGAGGUGUUUGGGUUCUUCCUGGAAUAAAAUGGCUGAGCAAAAGUCAGUGUAUUUACACCUUGACAGGAUCAAUGUUUGUUUGAUCUAUAUGGUAUAUGGUAUGUUGGUAUGGUAUGCUAAUACCAGUGUGGCUACCGACUGGUCUACAUCUAGCCCUAAGCAAGGAGGUUGUCUGGGCCUCUGGCUUCCGUGUUUGUGUUUUAGGUCAACACCUUUGGUGGAUUGGUUUCUAGACACCAGAACCCAAAGCUUCUCCCCUGUCUGUUUUCCUCCUGUGAUGUAGUCUGUGUCCGAUAUAAUGUUUUAGUAUGUUUGUUAACGGGAAUGUGGUUUGUUUGGG